CAGGGGGCAGGAUCGCCCUGUUUUCCUCCCCUUCCCCGCUCCUGGUGUUUGCGCUAACCGCAGCAGCAGCAGCUGCGGGAGUCUUUGCAGGCUGCGGGACACGCAGAGGACACCGCGCUGGUUGCUCAGGAUGCCGGGGAUCUACAACCAGAAUGCAUCAGCAUUCCUCCGGCUUUCAUAGGGCGGAUUAUCCGCAGCUCGCCGUCUUCCUUCCAGCAGCCCCCGGGCUCUGAGCAGCUCCCCUCCGCCUUGAUGCUAUCUGGAGAGCGGCGCAGCGCGGCUCUGUGGGCUUCUGAUUAGGACCUAGAGGUGGUGCUGGGGGGGGGGAUGGAGGCGGUCAAAAUGGCAGCUGUGCACCGGGUGAUGGAGCUGUGAUGCGGGGGGCUCGUUUGCUAAUUCCACUGGUGACUGGUGUGCGGGACGCGCGUGAGGGAACGCAGUUUGGAUGUGUCUCCAGAUUUAGCUCCUGUAGCGCAUGGUGAGGGGUGUGGGGCUGAGGGAUGGUCUGUUGGCGCUCAGAGCUGCAGGAUCGACGCUGAGGGACAGGCGGACACGUGCGGGGUCUGGGCUGCGGGACCCGGUUUGCAUCCCGCGAUGCAUUGAAAACAAACCGUCCCUGAGAGCCUGAACGCAACAUUGAUGGAAUGCGAGCCGAGCGGUUCUGAAAUCUCCAGAGCAGCUAAACAGGCACCGAUACUAACAUGGCCGAGGCUCCGCUGAACUCUGACGAGCCUCCAGCGAACGUUGAGAUUGAUCCGGAUUUCGAGCCCCAGAAGCGGCCGCGCUCCUGCACCUGGCCGCUGCCCCGUCCGGAGUCCGGUGCGGGCAAGCCCGGGGCGAGCGACGCUGACGUAAUCCCCGAAGAGGAGGAUGAUGAGGGGGGGAGCGCGGAGGGAGGCUCUGCGCAGAAAGACGGCGGCUCGGUGAAAGAGCCGAGCAGCGGCUCUAUCUCCCAGCCGCUGGAGGUGCAGCGCCGCCCCGGCAAAGAGGAGGCCGCCGACGGAUCCCCUUCCUCCGCACACAUCCCCGGAGCGGCUCUGUGCGGCUCGGCCUCCCAGCAGCUGAGGAAGUCCUCCGCCCGCAGGAACGCCUGGGGGAACUACUCCUAUGCAGACCUCAUUACCCAGGCCAUCGAAAGCUCCCCUGAGAAGAGGCUGACCUUGUCCCAGAUCUAUGACUGGAUGGUGAGGUCUGUGCCAUAUUUCAAGGACAAAGGCGACAGCAACAGCUCUGCUGGCUGGAAGAAUUCCAUCCGACACAAUCUGUCCCUCCACAGCCGGUUUGUGAAAGUCCAAAAUGAAGGAACCGGCAAAAGCUCUUGGUGGAUGGUCAACCCAGAAGGCGGUAAAGGGGGCAAAGCUCCGCGUCGCCGGGCCGUAUCGAUGGACAACAGUAAAUACAUCAAAGGGGCGAGAGGACGGGCCACCAAGAAGAAAGCCUCUCUGCAGGCUGCACAGGACGGCAGCUCUGAAAGCUCCUCCAGCCUCUCCAAAUGGACCGGGAGUCCCACGUCCCGCAGCAGUGACGAGCUGGACGCCUGGACAGACUUCCGCUCUCGGACCAAUUCCAACGCCAGCACGCUCAGCGGUCGUCUUUCCCCAAUCCUGGCUAACCUGGAGCUGGAUGAGGUGCCUGAUGAUGAUUCCCCCCUCUCCCCUAUGCUGUACUCCAGUCCCAGCAGCAUGUCCCCGUCCACAGGACCCACAGGACUCUCCGACCUGGCCGGUACAAUGAACUUGAACGACGGGCUGUCUGACAACCUGAUGGAUGACCUUUUAGACAACAUCAGCCUGACGGCAACUCAGCAGCCUCCUCCUGGUGAGGAAGACCCUGGAGCCAUCAGUCAGGGAGGCUCGGUGUUUACCUUCAGCUGCUCCGGGAGCGGACUGGGCAGUCCCUCUGGAAGCUUCGGGCCAAACCCUCUCUUUAGCCCCACCUCCAUCACAAGCCUGAGGCAGUCACCUAUGCAGACCAUCCAGGAGAACAAGCAGACAACCUUCACUUCCAUCUCGCAUUUUGGUGACCACCAGACCCUGCAGGACCUGCUGAGCCUGGACUCCCACAGCCACAACAACGUCAUGCUCACCCAGUCCGAUCCUCUGAUGUCGCAGGCCAGUACCGCCAUCGCCCUGCAGAACUCUCGCCGAAACGCUAUGCUGCUCCGCAAAGACCCUGUGAUGGCGAAUCCGAGUGGUGGAAGUCCGGCUGAAAGCGCUUCAGUGCCUGGUUGGCAAGCUGGCUUGUCAACCCCUGACAAUGACGGAGGCGGCCACAGGGACGCCAAGCCAACGCACCUGAAGCCCUCUGGCAAAAACGCCUCUAUGCAGGACCGCUUCUCCGGGGAUCUGGACCUGGACGUGUUUAACGGCAGCCUGGAGUGUGACAUGGACUCGAUCAUCCGCAACGAGCUGAUGGAAGCAGACUGCCUGGACCUGAGCUUCGACGCGCGCCUCGACUCCACAUCCACCCAGAACGCCAACAGGAACUCGGGAAGCUUCUCCGGCUCCAAACAGACGUCCCCUCAGAGCUGGGUGCCCAGCUGAGGCGCAGCGGGAGCUCGACUGGCACAUGUGUACAUUUGGGUUCUUUGUCCUGCAUUGUGCGCCCAAAGGGAGAAAGUGUAUUUAUGUAGUAUUUUCUUCCAAUGUUUUUAAUGUGAGGCAUUUAGUGCUGUGCUAUAGUUAAAGUGUCAGGGAGCCACAGUGGUGUCUCAGACAUACGGCAGCGUCUUCGCAGCAAAGAAAACAAAAACCAGAUCAAUGCCAGGACGAUGGGAGGAACAUCGUUGAUUUAAAUCUUCACGGAAAGCAUCAACUCAUGUUAGUCUCAGGGAAUCACUCAUAUCACCAAGUGAUGGGUGAAACCGAAGAUGAAUUGUGUUUUCCACCUGCUUUCUCUCCUCUUUCACCACCUUACAUACCUAGACCAACCUUUCUUUGCCAAACCAGCCGUCCGCUUCUAGCCGACAGCCUGUUUACAGAAAAACAAAGAGCUGCAGAAAAUGUAAAGUUAUUCCGUUGAAGUGGAGGAUACUUGGAAAGCUCCGUUUGCAAGGUUUUCCUCGAGAGACGAUCCGCCGAACGAACCUACAGUUUGAAAGUGUUUGUGUUCCCACUGAUGCACCCAAUCAGGUACUAGAUAUCAGUCUGUGAAGGGAUAAAAUCUUAUUAAGAUGUGAGCAGGUCUGCAUUGUGUGGUUUUUGUACUUUUUUUUUUUUUAAAGAAAAUUCUUCUCUGUGAUUUUAGUGACAUUACUGUGAAUUAUUUUCUUCCUGAAGAGGCGCAUCACUGCAGCAGAUCCCUGUUCACCAUUUUCACUCCUUCUCUUCCUCCUGGGAAGUAAUCCUCCAUGUUUCGGACUGAGGAAGUGGAUUUUCCCACCAUCUGCAUUAGCAAACACGACUAUUGGAAUGAAAAUAACCACUCUUAGACACUAAAGCCCUUGGCUACCACAUGCCAGUGUGAUUUUGGAAGGAGUUCUCGGUGCUAUUUUAAUGAAGAUAGCAGGGAGUGGCUGCAGAUGGAGCAGCCGCUCAUUUGUUAUCAGCACUACAGCAGGUGCUCUGGAAAAUGGUUUCUACCCUGUAAGAGUCAAGUGGGUGUGUAAAGUUUUAGAGCCAUCUUCUUUGCCAAUGAGAGAGAGAGAGAGGAACCACAGUAUUUAUAAUAUUGCCAAAUUCUUUCUGCAUAUAAAUAAAUAUGAGGAACUACGGUGUAUACAAAUGAAGUCAGUAUUCUUAAAUGAUAGUUUUCAGCCUUUUUUGUAGAAACAAGAGGAUAAAACAUUGUCAGUAUGUCUUUUUGCUAAGCUUCAUUAUUUUUAAAGGAAAAACAAAACAUUUCCUUACAAAAGUGUAGAUUUCUGUUGAACUGUUUCUCAUAUUUUUUCCUGUUACAACCACUAUCUUAGCCUUAAACUAAAAACGUUAAAGGAAUAGUACACCCAAAACAUGAUUAGCCUUCAUUUUCUACUCACCCCCAUGCUGAACAACACUCUGUAGUACUUUUUUGAUAUC